UUUUACUCACGAUUUUUUCUUUCCGACCCCAUUGCAUUGCGCAGUGGUAUAAAUUCGAUUACCGCUUCGAGGUGUCUUUAUUUCAACCCAAAGCACCUACCUUGUAAUUGAAAUAAUAUUUCAUCGUCCAGCUGCAGUGAUUUUAUACAAAAUUUACCAUUUUCGCCACACGUGCCGCUGAAUAAGCUCUGAAACAUUAUUACCAUGAAGAUUUUAAUCGGAUACUGUGUUCUCUGCAUUUUUCUAAUAGAAGUGCAGGGUAAACCGCAAAUAACGAAGCUAUUUCCGGUUAAAGAAUUGGCAGCGUUUCACGAGAGAACAAGCGACAUAAAACCGCUCGACAAAUUGCUUGCCAAGUUACAAGCUGGUUAUAAUUUCGUUUUCAACCGAGCCGAGGACACGAGUAACGUUGAGAAAAUUUUGUCAAACGACGAGCCGAACCCAGACGUCGAAGCGUUGAAAUUGAUCUGGGCGAACGUGAUCAGCCCUCUCCCAACCGCUUCGAGUGGCAAUAAGGAAUCCGAUUUCACCUUAGGGCGGUCCUUCGAUACGGAAAGCAAGAAGGAAAAUGAAAUAUCGAAGGGAUCUGCCGCCCCGGAAACUGUAAAAAAAUCGGAGACGGACGACUGGCUCGACGGAAUCGAGGCGCCGAAAACCGUCGACGGAUUAGAACUACAGGAGAAUUCGGACGACGAUAGCGUCGUCGAAACAACGACGCCGACUACUCUCCAAUUGCCCGCGGCUCUUGGACGACAUUUGUUGGAAUGGCUCGGGAGUCUCCUCAACUUAACUUACGGAGCUUACACCAGGGUGGCUCAGGCCGUAAAGCCGUAGAGGGAUGAGAAAAAACAGGAUGUAAGGGAAGUCGGUUUUUUAUCCGUCAUCAGACUCCACGGAUGCGAACUCUGCGAUGGAUCGAAUAACGAUAAGUAAUACAAUAUUGUAGUUGUAAGAAACUAUUGCUAUUUGUAUAAAUAAUAAAUAUGCGGUAUACUUACCCUAUUCGUGCAAUAAAGAAUAUUGUCUGUUGAAUUUAGGGAGUAUUUCGAAAAGCGUUUGACUUAUCGUCUUUGCGGCGUACUAACGGAUUGGUAAAUAGAAUUGGGGCUUCAUCGAGUAAUCGUUGAUUUUUACUAUUAAUGAAACGACAACCUUUCACUAGGUUUCUUUUUAUUCCAAAAUAUCUCGAUCAGAAAAAUACAUAUGUGUAUGUGAUUUUUGGCAAUCAGUAUCAAUAUUAUACAUAUAACAAGAGUUUUGUUGAGUAAAAUGUAUUAUACCUACAUCGUAAAAUACAUCAUCACUGUCUAAAUGAUGGUUUAAAAAAUUAUAUAGUCUAGUCAAUCUCGAAAAAGUUCUUAAAAUUGAAUCGAUCGAUUCACAGUCAAUAAAAAUUACAGUCAAAUACUGACAUCAAUAUGUAAGAUCUUUGGCUCUAUCAUUAUGCAGUAUUAUGAGAUGUACAUUAUACGUUAUAUCGUCAUAAAAUUAUCAAGACGCAAGGAAAACCUCUAGAUUUAGAUAAAUUAACUAUCGUUAUUAUGAUUACUUGUAUAAUUAUUCACUGGUGGGAACAUCGUCCGAUUACAUUAUGGGUGGGAGAAAACAAAAAAAAAAAAAAAAAGACCAGCUACGGCAUAACCAUGUUUGUACAAUCUAUUGAGUUAAUCAGCCACUGACGUGGUGAAUUUAAAUAACGAUAAAACACUCGU